AUGGCUGAACAGGCUCUCUUUUCUGCCCAAUACCUGUCUCCCGAGGUGCAAGCCGCCUUGCCCGAGGGCUAUAAGCUCCGGCCUCUUCGUCGGGAUGACUUCGAUGCCGGCUUCCUUGACUGCCUGCGAGUUCUAACAACAGUCGGCGAGAUCUCGAAGGAGCGGUGGGAGGAGCGCUACGACUGGAUCUCAAAGCAAGACGGCACCUACUUCAUCCUCGUUAUUGAGGACACCACUGCCAACCCACCAAGGAUCGUCGGCACUGGUGCCCUGCUUGUGGAGCGCAAGUUCAUCCACAAUCUCGGCGCCGUUGGCCACAUUGAGGACAUCGCCGUCGCCAAGGACCAACAGGGCAAGAAGUUGGGUCUGCGCCUUAUUCAGGCGCUCGACUACAUUGCCAAGCAAGUGGGAUGCUAUAAGACAAUACUCGACUGCAGCGAAGCCAACGAGGGCUUCUACGUCAAGUGCGGCUUUAGGAGGGCCGGCCUUGAGAUGGCUCAUUACCAUGAGGGUCCCAAGAGUAACGGUGCCCAAUAG